ACCAAACUCCCUCCCCUUCACCCUUCCUUGCCUGGCUGGGAGAGGGGAGUUGGCCCUGCCAGGUACUCCUCCUUCCUCCUCCUCCUCCUUUUACCCUAUCUCUUUCCUCCCUUCCUCUCCUCCUUCAUCUUCUUCUCUUCCUCCUUCCGGUGAGUCUUCUUCCCAUUCUUCCUCCAAAGGGCUGAAGAGGGGCCGAAGCCCAACACACCUGGAGGCAGGGCCAAAGUGGGCCCAGGCCUCAUUCACUCCCAGGGAAAUUGUGAUUGUUGGCUGAGAAUUUUGGAGUAAAGCCGGUGGAGGACUUUCUUGGCCUUGAAAGAAGAGGAUCCAAUUGGCUUCUUCAUCCAUCAGUGGUUCCAACAUGGAGAGACCCAACUCAUCUGGACCUGAGGCCCAAAAUAACGGUACUGAAGUCCAGACUGAUGUCUCUGCAUUAUCAGGCACCACCCAGCACCUCCAGCAGAAGGAGAUCAAGCAGGAAGCAGAUGAAGCUGCAGCCUUGGAGGGUGCUGAAAUGAUGAUGUUGGCAAAUCCACAGUGGUUUAUUCCCCUUUGUGAUGGAGUGGAAGUGAAUCAGGUCCAAAUUAACUGCAUUGAAGUCCACCCUGAUCUCUCUGAAUCAGAGCAAUCUCCAUCAGACACCACCCAGAGUCUCCAGCAGAAGGAGCUCAAGCAGGAAGAAGAUGAAGCUGAAGCCUUGGAAGGGGCUGGAAUGAUGUGGCCAAAUCCACAGUGGUUUCCUCCCCUUUGUGAUGAAAUGGAACUGAAUGAGGGCCCAAUCGCCUUUGAGGAGGUGGCUGUCUAUUUCUCCCUGGAGGAGUGGGCUCUCCUGAGUCCUGAUGAGAAAAUCUUGCAUGUGCAAAUCAUGGAGGAGAUUCAUGGGAUGGUGGACUUUCUUGGAGAUAACUGGAAGAAGAGCAAUGUAUACACCAAACAGAGUAAGCAUUUUGAGCACAAUGGGGGCUUUCCUAGAUACCAGCAAAUCCACAGUGAAGACGGAGAUGCUGCCAAAGAAAGGCUAUACAAAUGCAAUGUAUGUGGACAACAUUUUAUCCAAAAUAUGGCACUUAUGCUUCACAGGACACUCCAUGCUGGGAAAAGCCAUCUUAAGGUAUCACCAAAAUAUGUUGCUAAUUACAAAUUGCCACAUCUGAGCCAAGAAGAAAUCUUUGAAGGAACUGAGGAUUUCAUUAUCCAGGAGUGUGGGGAAUCUUUUCUCCAGAGUUCACACAUGGUAGAACAUGAGUCAUUCCACACAGGAGAGAAGCCACACCAAUGCCAGGUGUGUGGAAAAUAUUUUGCUCACAGUUCAACCUUGGUAAGGCACAAAAGACUCCACACAGGAGAAAAGCCAUACCACUGCCAGGAGUGUGGGAAAUGUUUUACUCAGAGUUCAAUAUUGGUGAGGCACAAAAGACUUCACACAGGAGAGAAGCCAUACCAAUGCGAGCAGUGUGGGAAAUGUUUUACUUACAGUUCAGACUUGGUGAGCCACAAAAAACUCCACACAGGAGAGAAGCCAUACCAAUGCCAGGAGUGUGGGAAAUGUUUUACUUACAAUUCAGACUUGGUGAGCCACAAAAGACUCCACACAGGAGAGAAGCCAUACCUAUGCCAGGAGUGUGGGAAAUGUUUUACUUACAGUUCAGACUUGGUGAGGCACAAAAGACUCCACACAGGAGAGAAGCCAUACCAAUGCCAGGAGUGUGGGAAAUGCUUUGUUGAGAAAUCAGCCUUGGUGAGGCACGAAAGACUCCACACAGGAGAGAAGCCAUACCAAUGCCGGGAUUGUGGGAAAUGUUUCACUCAGAGUUCAAUAUUGGUGAGGCACAAAAGACUUCACACAGGAGAGAAGCCAUACCAAUGCCAGGAGUGUGGAAAAUGUUUUACUUCCAGUUCAGACUUGGUGAGCCACAAAAGACUCCACACAGGAGAAAAGCCAUACCAAUGCCAGGAGUGUGGAAAAUGUUUUGCUUCCUGUUCAGCCUUUGUGAACCAUAAAAGAGUCCACACAGGAGAGAGACCAUACCAAUGCCAAGAGUGUGGGAAAUGUUUUACUGACAGUUCAGACUUGGUGAGCCACGAAAGACUACACACAGCAGAAAAGCCAUACCAAUGCCAGGAGUGUGGGAAAGGUUUUGCUUCCCGUUCAGCCUUUGUGAGCCACAAAAGACUCCACACAGGAGAGAAACCAUAUCAAUGCCAGGAGUGUGGGAAAUGUUUCACUUCCAGUUCAGGCUUGGUGAGGCACAAAAGACUCCACACAGGAGAGAAGCCAUACCAAUGCCUGGAGUGUGGGAAAUGUUUUACUCAGAGUUCAAGCUUGACGAGCCACAAAAGACUCCACACAGGAGAGUACGCAUAACAAUGCCAGGAGUGUGGGACCUGUUUUUCCUGCUGUUCAGCCUUGGUGAGACACAAAGGACUUCAUAGAAUCAUAAAGUUGAAAGAGACCUCAUGGGCCAUUCUGUCCAACCUCCUGCCAAGAAGCAUAAAAAUCGCAUUAAAAGUACCCCCAACAGAUGGCCAUCCAGCCUCUGUUUAAAAGCCUCCAAAGGAGGAGCCUCCACCACACUCCGUGACAGAGAGGUCCACUGCCAAACAGCUCUCACAGCAGGAAGUUCUUCCUUGUGUUCAGGUGGAAUCUUCUUUCCUGUGGUUUGAAGCAGUUGUUCUUCAUCCUAGUCUCCAGGGCCGCAGAAAACGAACUUGCUCCCUCCUCACGUCUUUAUACGUGGCCAUCAUGUCUCCUCUCAGUCUUCUCUUUUGAAGGCUAAGCAUGUCCAGCUCUUUAAGCCACUUCUCAUAGGGUUUGUUCUCCAGAUCCUUGAUCAUUUUGAUCGCCCUCCAGCUUAUCAACUUCCACCUUCAAUUGUGGUGCCCAAAACCGGACACAGUAUUUCAGAUAUGGUCUGACGAAGGCAGAAUAGAGGGGUAAUAUGACUUCCCUGGAUCUAGACGCUGGACCUCUAUUUAUUCAAGCCAAAAUCCCAUUGGCUUUUUUGCCACCCUAUGAUAUUGUUGGCUCAUUGCUGUCCACAAGGACUCCAAUAAUUUUUUCACAUAUACUACUCUCAAGCCACACGUCUCCCAUUCUGUAUCUUUGCAUUUCAAUUUUUCUGCCUAAGUGGAGUAUCUUGCAUUUGUCAUUGUUGAACUUCAUUUUAUUAGUUUUGGCUAUUCCUCCCAAUUUGGUGUCAUCUGCAAACUUGAUGAUCAUGCCUUCUAACACUUCAUUUAAGUCAUUAAUAAAGAUGUUGAACAGGACCGGGCCCAGGACAGAACCCUGCUGAUGGCACUCCGCUCGUCACUUCUUUCCAGGAUGAAGAGGAAGCAUUGGUGAAGACUCUCUGGGUUCAUUUGCUUAACCAAUUACAGAUCCACCUAACCAUAGUUUUGCCUAGCCCACAUUGGACUAGUUUCCUUGCCAGAAGGUCAUGGGGGACCUUGUCGAAGGCCUUACUGAAAUCUGGAUAUGCUCCAUCCACGGCAUUCCCUGCAUCUACCCAGCUUGUAACUCUAUCAAAAAAAGAGAUCAGAUUAGUCAGGCAUGACUUGUUUUUGAUAAAUCCAUGUUGACUAUUAGCGAUGACCACAUUUGUUUCUAAGUGUUUGCAGACCACUUCCUUAACCAUCUUUUCCAAAAUUAUGCCUGGUAUUGACGUGAGGCUGACUGGACGGGAAUUGUUUGGAUCAUUCUUUUUUACCUUCUUGAAGUUAGGGACAACAUCUGCCCUCCUCCAAUCUGCUGAGACUUAUCCCAUUUUCCAAGAGCUCUCAAAGAUGAUCGGCAAUGACUUCUGCUAGGUCCUUCAAUACUCAAUACUCCGCACAGGAGAGAAGCCAUACCAAUGCCAGUAGUGUCGGAAAUGUCUUUUGAAUUCCUAAGUUGAAGUCCCCUUCUCUGGAGCGGCUGAAAGCAUGCUCCCUGUGGCAAUCCUUUAGAGGGUUAAAUACGAUUGAGAUGUCACUUAUGUUUCAAAACAUAUGUAAUUCCAUCAAUUAUUCUCUAGGCUUAGUUUCAAGCUCCUUUACCACCUUGUUUGUAAAUUUCCAGUUUGUGAGUCUUGUCUUUGAGCUGGGAUUCCAGAAUUGAACACAGUGCUUCUGUUGACGCCAAGGCAAAGGAAAAGAUGCUGGUAUGGUUAUUUCCCUUGAUCAUAUCUCUGGCUAGAAUUUGCUGUCUGUUUCCUUGCUCCUGGCACACAUACUUUUAAUCCUCAUUAAAUUGAAAAACACGAGUCUUGUUGUUAUUUUAGAGUCUAUUUAUUUAUUUACAUUAUUUAUAUUUUGUCCUUCUCACCCCAAAGGAGACUCAGGGCGAACCACAGAACACAUAUACGGCAAACAUUCGAUUCUGACUAUACAAUGACAUGACAGACAACAGAUAGAUGCAUAUUUAGGCUUCUUCUCAUCAUUCGGCAUCUUUUGGAGGCUGUGCUUGGUUCUGGCCACAGGGGGGUGUUGUCACUCCAUUUCCUUGCUGAACACCUCUUUGUUCGUAACUUGUUUCCAAAACGCCGUACCUAAGACACCCCCCCCCCCCCGCUCAAUGCGGUUGCAUUCAUCUACUCACAUUGCUGUAUUCACUCCGCUAGGUGGGUGGGGGAGCUGGGAUGAAGGUCAGGAGCUCACUCUGACCUGGCUUCGAACUUUCAAUUGGUAAGAUUUACUGCUUCUGCAGCUGCUGAUUAACCUGCUGUGCUAUAAACAGCCUAAUGUUAUUGUGACGAUGUGUAGAUUUUAUUCCUUUGGUUAUGUGUAGUUUGGACAGUGGUUUAGGGAUGGUAAGUAUGGGAGAUUAUAUUUUGUUAGAGAUGGUGGCUAGUGGCUUGAGCUGAGUUGCCAUAGCAACGGGGGCGGAGCCAACUAUCACUUCACGGCGCAGCUUUUUGAAAGUGGCAGUCUGUGGCCAGUGAGCUACAGGAAGGGACUGAUUUCUCUAGUGGGAGAAACAGGGAAUUUGUCAGUGGCCGGAGAGCUACUGAGAGAACACUGAAUCUUUUGGUGGAGAUUCAGGGAAUCAAUUGGUGACCAAGUAGUUGCAGAGAAGGACCCGGUUCAGGGGGUUGUUGAUUCUGAAUUAAGAAUCAAGGUUUGGCUGGGUUUAAGCCUGUUGUGCCAGCUGUGAAACCUUAUGAAGUGUUUGCCUGAGUUUACUCAUGAAACCUUUCCAAUGUAUCCAUCAAGAUUUGUGCCUCUUUUGAAGAACAGUUAUACAUUGUUAUACUCCUGUUAAAAUAAACUUGUUACUGUUUUCCUCAA